GCUGCAUGGCCAGUCGGACACAAAGAGGGUGAAACGGUCCAGAAAACACUUUUGUGGCUCUUUUCUUUUCCAUCAGGGCGCGAUUAAAACACCCCAAAGGAGGCUCGAAACCCACCGGUUUAUACAGGGGCUUGUUCUUGGGUUCGCGCUAAAGAGAAACAGAUUUGUUUUUCUGCGCUUUAAAUUGAAGAAGUGGUUUGCAGAUGUUGAGCUUCUAGUAGAGGAAUGCGUCUCGCGCACGCGCGCGCUGAUGGGGUUUGGUAAUCUAAUGCAGAGACCACACAGCUCGCCGCCUUCAUGAAAUUCAUAAACAUUUUAUUUAUCCUGUACAGGACGCGAGCUUUGCCAAAAACUACGUUACUAUGGAACCCCACGUUUGCAACCAAUAGAACAACGGAAUGCGUAAUGAAGAGAGGAGUGGAGGAGGAGGGGUCUCGAGCGUGAAAGAGCCGGGGGGACAAAGACAUGCAGCAUGCAACAGGACUCCGAAAGCAGAAAACACACUCCAAAUAACAUGCAAACGCAGGAGGAUUCUUUCACGGAAACAAACGCGCAGCUGUCUGAUCUGAUCACAUGGAUAACCGCUGAACUGUUCAGCCUCGUUGUGGAGUAAACACAGACGCACCAUGGUAUGCUUUCACGUCGCAUUUCAGUUCAAGUGCACCUGAUCGAUGCAAGCAUGCACAUAAUCUGAGUUCGCGGGCAGUAUGGAGAGCAGCAUCGUUCCCGUCGCGUUCCUCUCGUUUGUGAUGAUGCUGGAGGCGCAGAUGGUUUGCUGGCAGGCGCUGAUGCGAUGUCAUGAAGAACGCGAUUGUGAGCUCGCCUAUAACCAGUAUUUGACGGCAUGCGAUGGGAUCAUCCGCGGAAGCAGACGCCAGUGUCCGAGCCACUGCAUCAGCGCGCUCAUCCGCCUCAACCAGACCGCGAACGGCCCGUUUCUAGAGACCUGUGACUGCGGGGUCGACCCCGAGUGCCUGCGGGCCAAACGAGCCGUCGAGCCCUGUCUGCCGCGGACGCAUCCGGGUGAUGCCGAUGGGAUCGGGUGCACCGAAGCGCGCCAGCGAUGUGAAGACGAGCCCAGCUGUCAGUCAUCCCUCACCGCAUAUCUCUCCCACUGCGGACAGCUGUUUAACGGGAGGAAGUGUUCGUCCCGGUGCAGGUCCACCAUCGAGGAGCUGCUGUUAAAGCCCAACGGCGUGCUGCUGAACCAAUGCGUCUGCGACGGUCUGGAGAGGCCGUUUUGUGAGAUGGUCAAACAGAACAUGGUCAAACUGUGUUCUAUAGGAGACAACAGCGUCUCCGUGGACCACGAUGGCACAGACGAUGCAUACGAGGACGAGGACUACGAGGCGAAACCGACUGAUGCUGACGCGGGGAUGUCUGCUUCAAGCGCUUCGACUCGUUCUCUAGAGUUACUUCUGCUGUGCGUUGCAUUCGCUCUGGCGUGCACACUUUAAUUAAAGUGUGGCGGGUGACUGCUGAACGUUCAGUCUUUCCUGAAGCAGUGUUUGUCCUUGUCAUCAGCUGUUAUGAUUUCAGCCUCUGUAUUGUUUCAGCGCGGUCGGAGACAAACGUGCGCGUGCACAUGAAGGAGCCGGUUUGGGGACCAAGUGCUUCAUUAAUGUGAAGAGGCCCUUCAGAAGCUGUCUUUCUCUCUCACGCUUCAGCUUUAUUGGUUUGACCUCUUCCUCUGAACUAUCAGGUCUGGGAUAUGAGUUUAACAGCAUGCACACCGACCGUCACGUGGCUCAAGUAUCUCUAGUGUUCAUGUAUGCUGGAAAUCAACACCAAGUGCCUGAAGACUGUCUGUAUUUUAUUGGAGCUUGAAACAAUUUUACACCUUUCGGUAUCACUUUAAAGCCUUUAAAUAUAAUGCAUUAUUAAUUAAGUUUUAAUGCAUUGUAAUGCACCGAAUAAUGCAUUGUAUGAUCUGAACCAGAGUUAUAAUGCAUUAAAAAUAUAUUGUUACACCAUUAUAUUGACUUUCAAUAUAAUGUUAGACAUUAUGUUAGACUUUCAAAUAUUUUAAUGCAUUUUAUCUUUGGCUACAAUCAAUUAUGAAAAGAUAUAAUGCAUUAAAAAAUGCCUUUAUAAUGCGUUACACCUAAAGGCUUUAAUUAAAGUGUUUCCAGCCUUUCUUUUUUGCAUAUAAUGCAUUAUUAACAAUGUUACAAAGACUAAAGUUUAGAGUUUUUUUAAACUCUAAGAGCAGAAGCACACUCUAUGCAAGUAUGCAAACACUGAUUGAAACGUAAACCAUCCAUUCUCGAUGUUGCCGCGAGGGACGCUGUGUUCUUCUGUGGUCACUCUUCUCUUUCAGGUCAGUUACUAUCACUGCAUUCGAGGAGAAUCUGUCAGAGCAAGUUAGUUAAAGGUACUGAACUGUUGUUGUUUAUAGUAGCUACUUGUGUAAAGUAUGUUUCUGGUUUAAUUAUUUUAAUAAAGUUUCAUACAUUUUGUACAGAAAAUAAUUUAUUUAUACAUUUUGGAAUAAUUAAGAAAAUAAAAGUCAUGUUGAAAUGAGA